AUGGCAAAGGUAAAGGUUAUUGGGAGAGUGUUUGAUAUGUUUGGCGCGCGAUUUUCUGGCCUCCCCAGGGCGUUGACCACCUCGGGCGAUCAAGCAGAGGGUGUGAAGGGCCCACUUGGACUGAGCCUCCUAUAUUCCCCGACAGCGCCGGAGAUAGACUUCAUCUUCGUUCACGGCCUAGGCGGCAAUUCUAGAAAAACAUGGACCAAGUCGUCCGUGCAAUCUAACUUCUGGCCGAAAGAGUGGCUCUCCGGAGAUCCCGCAUUCAGGAACGUCCGCAUCCAUACCUAUGGAUACGAUUCUUACUACUUGAAGGGCAAAGAUGACUGCUUGAACGUACACCACAUUGGCAAGUUGUUCCUUGGCGCGAUCAGCACUUCGCCAUGCAUUAUCAAUUCCGGGACGCACAUCGUUGUUAUUGGCCACAGCAUGGGUGGCUUGGUGAUGAAGAAAGCAUAUAUCCUGGCGACACAAGACGCAGUGCACAAGGCACUGGCUGGGCGAUUCGCCGCAUUCUAUUUUCUCGCCACGCCCCAUCGUGGUGCCGACUCGGCAAAGAUGCUGAAGAACCUCCUCAAAGUUGCGUACGAACGCGCCUAUGUUGGUGAUUUGGAACCAAAUUCAGGGGCAGUCCAAGUGAUCAAUGAUGAGUUUCGGCAUUUUUCGGCCGACCUGGAGCUCUGGUCGUUCUACGAAACGCAGAAUAUGAAAAUGUUCAGCUCACUCAUCGUCGAUCCCGAGUCGGCCGUCCUCGGGUACCGUGAAGAGAAGCAGAUACCCGUGACUGCUGAUCACCGCUCGAUAUGUAAGUUUGACACGCCUGAAGACUCCAGCUACGCCCUCCUACGAAACGCGCUCGCCUCUACUGUGAGCAACAUUGCCACCGCAAUUCCGGAGCUGAAAUCGAAGCAGAGGCGUGAGGUGAUCAAAAACCUCAAGAAGUACCUGGAAGUUCCCGACGUCUUGGACGAUGAUCUUACAAACGUCUGCGAAGCUCGGAUGCACGGUUCCUGCGGAUGGAUUUCGACCAAAGCGAGUUACGCCAAAUGGAGAGACGGGGAGUCCGGAAAUGACAGGACGCUAUGGGUCAAGGGUAAGCCAGGAGCUGGAAAAUCUGUUCUUGCUGGCUAUGUCACCGAGCAGCUCAAGGAGUCGGGCCAGGCAUGCAGCUACUUUUUCUUCAAACAUGGAGACAAGUCGAAGUCCAACUUGGGUUGUUGUCUCCGAUAUCUGGCUUUUCAGAUGGCUAGCUCCAAUGGAGAAGCUAGUGAUGCCAUCCUAGGUAUGCAGGCGGAUGGUGUUGGCUUAGGUCGCGCCGACGAACGUACCCUCUGGAGAAUCCUCUUCCUUUCUGGCAUUUUCCAAGCCACGAUGUCUCGUCAUUACUGGGUCAUCGACGCCCUAGACGAGUGUUCCAAUCCUUCGGUGCUUUUACAUUCCAUUCUUUCCAAUAUGGACGGAUCCAUUCCCCUAAGGAUUCUCAUCACAAGUCGGUAUACGGUCGACCUGGACCAAGGGUUCUCGGUCAUUCCACUCAAUCUAGUCCAGUCCUUGCCAAUCUUAACAACUGACACGGAGUCAGAUCUAAGGCUUUUGGUUGAGAAGAGGACCCAGGCAUUGGGAGUCGUGGGAACUAACGAUCGGGGUACAUUAGCGGAGAAGAUACUGGACAAAUCUAAGGGGUCCUUCUUGUGGACAAUUUUAGUGCUUGAGGAACUCCUACGCUGCCACAGCAGAAAGGAAAUUUACAAGAUCCUUGAAGACGUGCCCAGAGGCAUGGAGUCAUUAUACAAGCGGACUUUAGACUAUAUGUCGCAGGCUGCCCGCGGAAAGGAGCUUGCCAAAACCAUUCUCAUGUGGGCAGUAUGCGCGGUUCGGCCAAUGACAAUCAGCGAACUGGACGGUGCUCUGUCCCUGGACAUUCACGAUUCAUUCCCAAGAUUGGAGGAGAGCAUCGCCACGCUCUGUGGUCAGCUAGUGGUUGUGGACAAAUAUGGGAGGAUCAAGAUGGUGCAUGAAACUGCCAGAGAAUUUCUUGUUGCCGGCAGCCUCAAGUCCGAAUUCUCCAUCGAGAAAACUAAAGCACACACACGGAUGGCUCAGGUGUGUCUCAAUUACCUUGUGGGGGAAGAAAUGAAACCUCCGAGGAGCAGUAGACGCCGUCCCUCGGCGAAUUUGCCUGCAGCAAGAUUAGAUUUUGCCGCCUAUGCGUACACAGCAUACUCCUAUCAUCUUUCGAGAGCUGAUCCGUUGGCGGCAGAGGUAUUCCAGCUUGUUGCACAGUUCCUGAGAUCCAACGUCCUCACUUGGAUUGAAACGAUUGCUGAAUCGAAAAAUUUCAAUCACCUCAUCCGCGCUUCAAAACAUCUCAAAACUUACGUCAAUGCUUGCGCCGUUGAGCGUUCACCACUUGACCCUCGGAUACAAGCUCUACGACAGUGGACUACAGACCUUGCUCGGAUUCCUGCCAUGUUCGCCAACGCCCUCACGGCAUCACCGUCGGCAAUAUAUUCGUUGGUACCUCCAUUUUGUCCCACCGAGUCUAUGGUAUACAACACCAGGGUUUCAAACCGGAGACUCGUAGUGCUUGGCACGCCUAACACACAAUGGGAUGAUAGGCUUCUGUGCAUUGAUUUCCGCCAGGUUCAACCUAGGGCUUUGCGCUAUGGAGACGAGUUCCUGGCCGUCGGUCUCAGUUCAGGAAAUGUCUUAUUGUACUACGCCACAUCUUACCAGGAGUACAAAAUCUUGGAGCACGGUGAGGCAGUUAACUUCAUUGCUUUCAAACCCAAAAGUGACCUCGUAGCAACUUGUGGUAUGAAGUUGGCCAAGGUCUGGGACAUUAGAAGUGGGCAAGUGGUGCACAGCCUUGCGAGCAGCCCUCCGCAUCCGUUAGGGAUGGAUUUCGAUGGGAAUACGCUUUUAAUUGCGAGUCGUAAAAACUACGUUGCGACUUGGGAUUUGGGACACGGCGCCCAGCCAGAAUUGGUGCGGAGACCAUGGAGCAAUAUCGAUACGCCAGAGACGAACCAAACGCCCCCUCGUGGGACCCCAUGCGCAUUGACUCUCUCUACCAGCCACAGAAUGCUUGCUGUCGCUUACAGCGGCCAACCCAUUACGCUAUGGGAUAUGAAAGAGGACGCCUACGCUGGUAAAUGUGGCAAGAAACUCUCCAGCGGAGAGACCAGCACACAUGUUGUCGUCGCGCUUGCUUUCAACCCCAAUCCUGACAUUAGCCUUCUCGCAGUCGCAUACCUCGAUGGUGAUCUUGCCCUCCUUGACCCCUUUGCCGAUCGACAGCUGGAAUGUUUUCGUGCCAACUGCCAAACCCUCGCCCCAAGUCCCAAUGGGCGUCUCCUCGCAGCGGGUGGUGCAAAUGGGAUUAUCCAAGUUUACGAAUUUGAUACGUUCAAGCUCCUUUAUCGGGUCAAGUCAUCCAACUCCUAUAUCAAGCAGCUUGCCUUUACCAGGGACAGCAUGCUUCUUGCCGACAUACGAGGCGCCCAGUUGAAUGUCUGGGAACCUGAAGCUCUGUUGCGGGAGUCCCUGAACGAUGAAAGCAGCGGAGCUGCCUCCACUACAGUGGUUGAGACGGUUUCCGUGGAAGCCAAAGCGAAAAUCACUGCCAUGGUGGUCCACCACACGUCCGAAGUUAUCUUUUGCGGAAAGGAUGAUGGAUCAGUUGUACUGUACGAGCGGAAAAUGGCAGCUAGCCUGGGGACUCUCUACAGCCACAAAGCACCGGUUCGCCUGUUGGCCUGGAUUGAACGGAGAGACGCCCUCCUUAGUGUUGAUGCGUCCAACAGGAUAUUACUACACAGAAUCCAGAAGUCAGCAGAUGAACGUUGGCUAACAAAUCUUACGGUACUCUUCGAAACCCGCCUCGACUCCGAGAAGGCAAUCAUAGAUGUGCUAGUAGGAGAAAUGGCGGCGAAGUUCCUGGUAUCGACUCGCGAGUCUGAUCACCUCUUCAACUUGGACAGCGGUAAGUGUGAGAGAGAGCGGACAUAUCCACGAAUGCCCGAAAUUCGCAAAUGGCUCCCUCAUCCAAAGUCCUCUCUACAUAUUGUCUGUAUCGAAAACUUCAAAGUCUGUGCCUACUGCUGGAGUGACUGGUCUGAAGUUUCAUCCAUUACAUUGUCGUUGUACAACGACACGGCAGAGCUUAAAAGCGCGACCCUCUAUUCGCUCGGCCAAAAACAAAGAAUCAUUCUCGACUUAUCACAUCCGAACAGCUCCGUCGACAUGAACAACCUUGUGAUAAUUGAUGCAGAUCGCCUUGCCGUCGAAAACAAAGAUAGCAGCAUCUUGCGAGAGAAGCAACUGGUUGCUGUGGCGGCGUUCGAUCAACUUGCCACGGGUGAAGACGGUGAGAAAACGGGCACGACACUGAGUUCGACCGCUCCGUCCCGUUCACAGAUGACGACAUUCGAACUAAACGUUGCGCAUGUCAUCGGAAUUGACGAAUCAAGGAAACUAGUAUUCCUAAAUCGGUCUUCUUGGGUGUGCUCUGUUGAUCUCAGCGAGAGCGGAUUAGAGAUCGCGCAACGCACAGAUCCUAUAACAGUCGAGGUCUUCGAGCACUUUUUCGUUCCAUACGAUUGGUUCGCAGGGAAGAGGGACGUUGUCUGUGCUUUGGCGAAGAGAGAUAUUAUAUUGACUCGGGGUGGUGAACUGGCGGUGAUUAGAGGCGGCCUUGACUAUGCUGAGAGAGUGUGUAUAAAAUAA